AAAUUUCAACCUGAACUUCCCAAAUUCUCAUUCUUCAUCUUCACCUUUCUGACCCAAAUUUCAUUCCUUUCUUCUUCUCUCAAUGUCUUUGAUCGAACGAAAUCAAACGAAUUCCUCAAAAACAAGUUCAAAUAGAAUCACAAAUCCAUAGACAAAAAAACCUAAGUCCCAUUCCUCAUAAAGAAAAUUUCAAUCUUUUUGUUCCUUGUGCGGCGAAUUUAUGCACGUUUGAGUAAAUCAAGAAAAAGGGGUGUUGUGAUUUUCCAUGAUCAAGAACAAAAAUACCCAAUUUCAUAUUUCGUUUGAAUCACUUGUUUUGAAUAUUUUUGAUUAUGUUGAAGUUGUGGAGAUGGUACCAAAAUUGUUUGGCUGUUCAUCCUGUAAAGACGCAGGUUAUUAGCUCUGGAUUCAUUUGGGGUGCUGGUGAUGUUGCUGCUCAGUGUGUUACUCACUAUACUGCCAAGAAUCAUACUAAAAUUGAGUCUCACUCACAGGAUGACAAUAAAGAAUUCAAGAUCAACUGGAAACGUGUGUCUACAACCAGCUUGUUUGGAUUAGCAUUUGUUGGCCCUGUUGGCCACUACUGGUAUGAAGGUUUGGACAAAUUUAUAAGAUAUAGACUCUUGCUUAAACCCAAUUCCUUCCGCUUUGUUGCUGCCAAGGUUGGCGCCGAUGGAUUUCUCUUUGGACCAUUGGAUUUACUCGUGUUUUUUACUUACAUGGGUUUUUCUACCGGAAAGAGUCUUCCUCAAAUAAAAGAAGACGUGAAGAGAGACUUUCUCCCGGCGUUUAUUUUAGAAGGAGGCAUAUGGCCAGUUGUUCAGGUUGCGAAUUUUCGGUAUGUACCUGUAAGGUACCAGCUACUUUAUGUGAACUUCUUCUGCUUGUUGGAUAGCUGUUUCUUGUCUUGGGUUGAGCAACAACAGGACGCUCCGUGGAAAGAAUGGGUGAAGUCAUUUCUACCUCUCAAGUAACCAAGUAUUCAAGUUUGAUAAGUGCUUUCAAAUCUCUCUCAAUCGAACCUUUCUCGUGAAGUUCAUUUCUGAAAACAAGUGAUUAGAUUAGAUUGCGUAUAAUCAAGUGACUAGAUUGUAUGACUUUCGGAAUUUUAAUUCUGAAAGUGAUGGAAUUGCUUUCGCACAUGAUAUGACUAAUGAUUUCAUCUUAAAUACAAGUUGAUACCUUUUCCAUUGAAUAAAUCAAAGUCACAUUUGUUCAUUAUUUCCUAGUAUUUUAGUCUUUAUGUCAAUCUAGUUUUACCAAAUAUCUUUUGCAGGAUUUGUAAUGUUUUUUUCAAAUCAUUUUUGGCUUAUAGAAUUUUUUUUGAUAAGGUCUUUGUAUGUAAGACAUAAAUUAUUAGGUGCUUAAUUUUGGUUCCUUAUCGCUCA